AUUUCUCUCUCUAUCUUUCACUCGUCUUCUUCUGUUGCCACGGUUACUUGAUAUUAGUCUCUACUCAAUGAUGGACAAGAUGCCUCAGACACCACCCUUCACGGGCGUGUUUCCCAACAGCGCCUACAACAAGAACCUCUACCAGACAAAGGAAGAGCACUACGGGGGCCUCUAUUACCAUGACAACACGCUUGUCUCGGGGUCGCUGGAGGCCCUCAUCCAGCAUCUGGUGCCCACAGUGGACCACUACCCCGACAGGACGUACAUCUUCACAUUCCUGCUGAGUUCGCGGCUCUUCAUCCACCCCUGUGAGCUCAUGUCUAAGAUCUGCCACCUGUGUGUGGACCAUCAGAGACUCUCCGACCCUCAGGCUGACAAGAUGCGACUGAGGAAGAUGGCUCCUAAGGUGCUGCAGCUCCUUACAGAAUGGACGGAGACAUUCCCAUACGACUUCCGUGACGAGAGGACAAUGAGGAGCCUCAAGGAGCUCACACAACGCCUGGCCAGUGGGAUAAUGAAUGAUGUUGUUUAUACUUACCUCCAGAACUGCUUCAGUGACCAUAAGAAGGCCAGUAACCUGGAGGCAUAUGUGGCCUGGUUCAACCGCCUGAGCUAUUUGGUGGCUACAGAGAUUUGCAUGGCCGUGAAGAAGAAGCACCGGGCGCGGGUCAUCGAGUUCUUCAUUGACGUGGCACGCGAGUGCUUCAACAUCGGCAACUUCAACUCCCUUAUGGCUAUAAUCUCUGGGAUGAACAUGAGUCCAGUGUCUCGAUUGAAGAAGACCUGGGGCAAAGUUAAAACAGCCAAGUUUGACAUCUUGGAGCAUCAGAUGGAUCCUUCCAGUAACUUCUAUAACUAUCGCACGGCGUUACGAGGAGCCACACAGAGAUCCAUCACAGCCCACAGCAGCAGAGAGAAGAUUGUCAUCCCCUUCUUCAGCCUAAUGAUAAAGGACAUCUACUUCCUCAACGAGGGAUGUUCCAACAGGCAUCCCAAUGGCCAUGUCAACUUUGAGAAAUUCUGGGAGAUGGCCAAGCAGGUGAGCGAGCUGAUGACCUGGAAGAAAGUGGAGUGUCCGUUUGAGAGGGACCGCAAGAUCCUGCAGUACCUGCUCACCGCCCCCGUGUUCAGCGAGGAUGCUCUGUGUCUGGCAUCUUAUGAGAGCGAAGGACCAGAGAACAACAUGGAGAAAGACAGGUGGAAGUCUUUGAGGUCUUCCCUGCUCAAUCGGGUGUAGGCAUCUCAGAUGACGGGGGAUCCUUCUGCUCAGCCAGCUGUGACACCCUCACUCUGUGCCCCCAUGCCCCCUCCAAACAAACAAGCAAGACCAGCAGCAGCAGCGACAGAUGGACACCAGGCCCGGUCAGCAGUAUCCCUGUUCUCAAAGGGAAGCGACAAUCUUAUCCACUCUGGGCUGAGGAACGACCUGGCUGUGUCCCAUUGCUCGCGCCGCUUAUGUUUCGUUUUGUUUGCGAUUUGUCUAAAACAGAGGAUCUUGUGUUCUCUUGCUCGUCCUACUGGAUAUUUCAGAACUGCUUUUUUCAUCUCUUUGUAUGAAUUUGUACUCAACGUACUUCACUUGUAUUAUUAUUAAUAUUGUUGUUAUUAUUAUUUGUUUUUUUUGUCGAUUUGUUUGUUUUGUUUGUGGGUGGUUGUGCCACCGGAAGAGGUAUACAGCACUGGUGCUGUUUUUCGACGUUUGCUGUAGGGAGGGACAUGGAUUCGGACAGUGGUGGGAGAUUCAACCCUUUCUGUUCCAGGGCGUUUCCUCUAAAGACACUCUCGACACUCAGAGUUAGCUGCUGGCUGGCCAACUCAACUUUGAAUGGGGUUUCCAAAUAUGAAAAAAGACAUGAAAUAAAUAUGUUGUCAAUGUAUCUAAAAACUACAAAUACCAGCAUUGUGCAUUCUGGAUAUCGGCACUGUAUCUUGAUAUCAUGUACCUGUCAUGCAUUUUAAAUCAAUUUAUUUUGCUGAUUGUAUUAUAAGUCAAGUUUAUUUUGUCAUGUUUACUUUCCUGUUCUGUGUAUCUCUAAAUAGGUAUUAUUUUUAUACACCUGUGUGCAUGUCUGUUUGUGUUGAUGUGAGUGUGUGUUUGUGAGCGUGCAUGAGACAGAGAGAGGAAAGGAAAGAGAGAGAAAGAUAGAGAAGAUACAAGUACAUAUGUGGGUGCUGUUAAUCGUGCCCUUUUGCAGCUAAUAGUGACGUAGCGCUUGAUAUAUUCUGUUGCCCCAGUUAGUGUUAAGCUGUUCAGACACCACCAUAGUAGGAGCUCUCCUUAAUCUUCCCCUUCCGCUUAAAUCUAACAGACCCUAUCUCAGCUAACCUUAACCCCCACCCUCCACACACACACACACACAUACACACACACACACACCAGGAGGGCACUUACAAGUUACAAGGCGUUUCGUUACUUCCUGACAAGUCCGUCUCGGAACAGGUCCACACUCUGUCUGCAGACCCCCUCUACAGAUGGAAGCAGAGGAAGUGUUCUAGAUUACAUGCCACUGAUAAGACACUGUGUUAUACGAGACGAGCCGUCACCCUUAUCAUCCUGGGAGCCUGGCCCUGGCUGACUGUGUGUAAAGCAGUGACAUAUCACCGCCUGGUGGUAGCGUCCAGCAAGAGCAACUGAAGACUUUAGAGUAGGCUAGAGUUGUGGAGUAGGUGGAGGUUGGGCUAUAUUUUUUUUGCCCUUCCAUACAAAUUCCAAGAGCAUUCUCUUGUGUGAUUGUUCCAUUUAUUAUUAUUAUUGUUAUUAUUAUUAUUAUUAUUAUUAUUAUUAUUAUUACAGUAUUUUCCCAGUAGUUUAUUUAUGUUUUCCCAAACUGUAGCUGUGUUUUAUAUGUUGAUAUUUACCAUUAUAUUUUGUUACCCUGCUUUAUACUAGGUACAUAAUAACAUAUUUUGUAGCUAUAAGAUAUUUCCCUAUCUAAUAUUUUUUUAUAAAGCUUUUUAUGAGCGAAUGGGUUUUUUGGGUGACAGCGUGCAAAAUGAAGUUGAGUCAAUUAACUGAUGUCUCGCUUCCCUUGUUUUUGCUUUUCCCAUCGAAAGGAAACUCAGAAAUAUGCUGUGCUUUUUUUCUUUCCCUGGCCCUGUGUACAUUGUUGUGUAUUUGAAAUGUUUGGAUGACGUAGAAGAAUCCUUGAGAUAUGAAGCUGUUGUGUUUGAAGGAAUAAUGAAUUUAAUAAAAAGAAUGCACAUGAAAAAUGAA